CCGGCGCGCACAGCCGCUUCCUUUCGUCGGUCGGUCACGGCUCCUCCGCGAUGGUCGUCGCGCUCGUCUUGCUGCUCGCCGCCGUGGCGACGGACGCCGUUUUGCCGCCACGUGCGCACGUCUCCUUCGUUUUUGACUCCCCCGACAGGCCGCUGGUGCGCUUCCCGCUCGUGGACGUCUGUAACUGUACCGCGUUGUUGCUAAGCCGUGACCAGGACACGCUCUACGUGGGCGCGCGGGACGCCGUGCUCUCGUUGGACGUGAGCGGCGGCGACGUCAUAACGCUGAAGAGGAAGGUGUCCUGGCCUCCGACCGAGUCCGACGUGGCCGCCUGCAGUCGGAAAGGGAAGGACGCCACGGCGGACUGCGGAAACUUUGUCAGCGUCUUGCGGCACCUGAACGCCUCGCACGUGUACGCCUGUGGCAGCUUCGCCUUCAGCCCGCGUGACUCCUUCCUGGACGCCGACACCCUGGCGAUGACCCCCCCGCGCGGCGCCCGAGGUCGCUGCCCCUUCAGCCCGUCGCAGAGGAGCGCCGCGCUCGUGGCGGACGGGGAGCUGUUCGCCGCCGCCACCAGCGACUUCAAGGGGGCCACGCCGCUCAUCGGGCGCCACUUCAGCAAAGACGGGCGCCCGGACGUCAGUCAGGAGGCGUCGCCGAUGCUGCUGGAAGAGGCCGACUUCGUGGGGUCUUCGUUGGACUCUGCCAGAAGGAAAGUCGUCUUCUUCUUCAGCGAGGUGGCAAACGAGUUCAACCUCGGGGAGCGGGCGCGCGUGACGCGCGUGGCCAGCGUCUGCCAGCGGUUGGCGCAGGACGACGUGGGCGGCGCCCAAGUCCUGCAGAAGAAGUGGACGUCGCUGGUGAAGACCACGCUGCGCUGCCUGGCGCCCUUCCGCGUCCUACGCGACGUCUUCGCCCUGGCGCCCCCGGAGGGCACGGAUGCCGCCGGCACGCUCUUCUACGCCGUCUUCGUCUCGCAGUGGUCUUUUCGCUCCGAGUCGGCGGUGUGCGCCUUCCGGCUGGGGUCCCUCAGGGAGGCUUUCGACGGCCCCUACCGGAGCUUUGAUGCCGCCGCGCACCAGUGGAGCCCCCUGCUGGCCAAGAGCUCCUACUUCGGUCAGUGCGGCCUGGAGGGGGCGCCGCACGCCAACUUGGAGGAAGUGAAGCGGACCUUCCUGACCGCCGGCCACGUGGCUCCGGAGACGGGCGGCCCCCUGGUGGUCUCCGCCCAGCAGCGCUACAGUCGGGUGGCGGCCAUGAGCGUGCGGGGCCACCGGGUCCUCUUCCUCCUCACGGAAAGUGGACUACUGCACAAAGUGUUUUUGUCUGGACGGGGUCCACGGCUGGUGGAGGAGAUCGCGGUGUUGGACAGCGACGAGCGCGUCACCGCCUUCGUCUUGUCGCCUGCCAAGGGUCUGGCCUUCGUCGGCUCGUGGCGCGCCGUCACCGCCGUGCCCGUCGCUCGGUGCUCCGCCCACACCACCUGCGGACGCUGCCUAUUGGCCAGAGACCCGCUCUGCGGGUGGAGCCGAAGCAGGAAGCUGUGCGGCCGCCUGGACCAGGAACAACAGGACGCAAAACCCGAAGAAGAGGAACGCAUGGUUCAACUCCUGGAGGGCGGCGACGUGGCGAAGGCGUGUCGCGGAGAAGGAGGCGCCGCUCCCGUCAAAAAUGUGGCAGCGGGCGCCAACGAGGUCGUCAGGCUUCCGUGCGCCAAACCGUGGGAGUCGUCUACGCUGACGUGGACGUCGUCGCGAUUCCCGGUCCUCCCGCCGCAUCUUUUCAUCCGCGCCGACGGCAGCGGCCUGGCGUUCUUGGCCAGCGCGGACACGGCGGGCACGUACCGCUGCCAGGCCCAGGAAGACGGCUACACGGAAACGGUCGCCAGCUAUCACCUGGUUCUGUCGGCGGGCCCGGAAGGAGACCCGGAGUCGUCCUCCCCGCCGACGGCGCCCUGCGACAGGCGGGGCUACGGGGGCAGGCCGGCGGGCCUGGCCCUCGUGGCGGCCACCUGCGUCUGCUUCCUGAUGUCGGCCGCCGUCCUGGCGUGCGUCCGCAAGAAGUCCGGCGUUCCCAAGCCGAGGGCGGACGCGUGACGGCCGCUUUUUCCUUUUGAAAUUUGUCAACCGUGAUGAUUAUUAUAUCAGCUGUCGUCUUCUUUGGUUUAGAGUAAACAAAAGACCAAACAUCAUCAUCCAGUCGUCCUUUUUUUUUUUUUUUUUUCGUUGCGCUUGUCUGAACUGGGUCGGCGGGCGACGCUCCGGACCGGUCGCCGGCCAGGACAAACAUUCACGUGUGCUUGAUUUUGACAAUGUGGGAGCGACCUGGGAGAAACAUUUCAAGCGCACGCAGCAGCAGGAUUUCAACUACCAUCCGUUGAUAUCCAUAAGUCUUUGUACAGAAGGAAAAAUGAACCAUUUUUAGUGGUCUAAUAUGCCGACAGACCAUCUUGGCGCGCCGGAUGGGAAACGCUUCCUGUUUUUUUUUUUGGGGUCGCGAUAACGCGGAGCAUCGACCCGCUGUCGGCUCUUCGCACACAACACUUCCCGGUUAGCAUUUCCGCUGAUCGGCGCGCACGGCCCCCGUCGCCGGUCGAUCGCGAGAGGCUGGCUGCUUGAAAAGUAGAGCUUGGGGUAAAAAAGAAAAAAAAGAGGAAUUUUCAGAUGUUUCUCGGUGAAAUGUGGCAUUAAAAGAAAGCCCGAACGGUCAUCUCGUAACUUGGAAUGUGUGCACCCUUUCCGAAGUGUUUGUCCAAAGUUCUCCUUUAAAAGCGCAUUCGACCGCUCGCUUCAAUUCGUUGCUCUUUAUUCAAAUGCAUUCUUUGGAAAUAUAAAGGAAUAUAGAAGUAUGGAAUGGAUUGU